UUCUCUCCCCACCCAUCUGAAAAAUGUCCAUUUGCUCUCCACUAUACACAGUAACCUGUACUCUGAUGAAAGUGGAAUGGAAGGGGUUAAAUGGUAUCUUUUACCAUUCUAUUAAUGGAAACACAGCCCUGUAGCCGGCACUUCUAUCCAGCCUCUGAUAAAAGCUAUUUAGCUUAGGCUAUAAGCUGUGUAUUCCCUAAAUUAACAGCGCAGCUAUGUAUUAGCAUAGCAGUGUUCACGCAUAGCUCAUGAAGGGGAAAAUAACUUGGCACAAGCUCCAAAAUAAUUUAUUCUGCAGUGUCUCUGUGACACUGGGUUUUAACUUGCUCACUGUCCUUCUCUUUAGACCCUUUUUGCUGUCUGCCUGACCCUCUCUCUUCUUCCCUCCGUGCAUCCCGGUCUCAGUGCGGUGGCCAUGGCGUUGUUGGCUGUGGUGCGGUCCCCCCCUCUCACAUUCUUUCAGACGGUGGUGUCCCUCCUGCUGUCCGCGGUGGCCCUGCUGUCCCCCUAUUGGUGCGAGGGCCGGCAGAAGGUGCCCAAGCCGCUGUGCACUCGGACCAAGCACACCGACUGCAUCCCGGUGCCUGGCGUCUCCAACUCCGCCUCCAUACAGUUCUCCUGGGAGACCGGAGACGACCGCUUCGUCUUCCCCAGUUUCCACUCGGGGCUGUGGAUCAGCUGCGAAGAGAACAUCUACAGCGAUGAGUGGGAGGAAAAGUGUCGCUAUUUCAUGGACCUGACUCCGAGAUCCGAGAAAGGAAUUUGGUGGUUGUGCAUGACCAUGGAGCUCAUGUAUGUGGCGCUGUUGAGUAUCAGCUGUGUGCUGCUGUUGGUGCAGCUGGGGCUGCGCAGACGGCUGCGCUCCUCCCAGCAGUGGGGGAUGCUCCUCAACGCUUUCUCCGCAGUCUUCACUGUGUUGGGAGGACUGCUGGGGAUGGUAGCCCAUAUGAUGUUUAUGCAGGUGUUCCAGGUGACUGCUUCCAUGGGACCAGAGGAUUUUAAUCCCCACAGCUAUGGUUACUCAUGGGCCUUCUAUGUGGCAUGGGCUGCUUUCUCUGUCUGCAUGUCUUCCGGUGUCUCCGCCCUAAACAGCUACACCAGAGACACGCUGCUGAGGAGGCUGAAGCACAAGGCUUGGGCGUACCCUCUCCAGCCACACCCAGCCCCCUUCUACUGCCCCCCACCUCCACCCAUUCCACCCCCACCCCUGUCCCCUUUAUCCCCCUACUACAUUCCCGAAUCCCCCUCCCACUUACCUCCCUCCCUGCCUUCUCCUCCACCUCUCUCUUGUUCUCUGUCUCCUUUUUACUCUCCUUCCAUUCCCUCUCCAUCACUGUCCUUGCCUCGCCCCGCCCAUGGCUACAUACCCCAGUUUUGCGAAGAGGAUUCGAGCGGCCCUCUCUGAUGAUGUCACUUCCUUAAAUGACCACUGCUACCCUGAGCUGCCAGGGACAUUUUUUUGUGUUAGAUUUGUUUUUAAUUGAACGCAAUGACAAUAACAUCACUGAUUUGGUAGCUCAUAAAUUGGACACUAUUGCUUUAAAUCAAAUAAAUGAGAGCUAGGCAAUGCUGUUCAUUCAAAUAGAACUGCUGUGUUUAUGCCAGGAGUUUUUAAACAGGGAGACCUAGAGCUCCUUCAGUUAUGUCUGUGCAAAACAGAUUACAACGUAAAAUCAAAAUAUGUGAAAUAUCCAACUUCAAAAUCUUUUAUCUAUGCAAAAAAUACAGCAAUGUACUUGUCUUGAGGUUUGUACCAUACAGUACGUGUGCAGAAUAAAGAGAACUCAACUUUGCGAUAACAGAUUUGUUUAAUUUCCCUAUCACCCAAACCAAGCAGCAAACACACAAAACUCUCACAGUGUCACAUUUUUAAAUCUUUAUUUUAAAAAAAAUCAUAGGAAUGCUAUUUCCAUUGUUUGUCUUUUACAGCUCAAAGUCACAAGGAAUUCUGUUCUGGGAAUCAUUCCCAACUUGGCCACAUUCAACAAAACACAAAAACCCAGCUCCCCGAGGGCUGGUCUAUGAAGGGAGCUUAGUCUAGUGCGAUAUGCACACCACACUGCACCAUAAGACCGGAAAGCCCUAAAAUUGGCCUGUUAUCAUCAAUCUGAGUUAGUACCUCCAUAUUGAGUUAAAA